AAUUGCCUUACUAGUACGAUAGUAUCCCCAAAACUCCAACCUCCAACUUCCAGUUUUCCUUAAACCACGCUCCAGCAGCCGCAACCAUGCGGUGGCCGGCGCCGCCAGGUCUCGGCGUCGCAGCCAUUUCCUACGUCGCUAUAGACUACCUCCGCCACCUCUCGCCGGCAUGGCACGCGCGUCUUCAGCCAGUUCUCUGGUCCCUGCUCGCUCUUACCGCCGUCAUUCGUGUCCCUUUCUACAAGCACUGGUCCUCUGAGUUCCGCGCGGCCAUACCCUUUGUCGCAUCCAUGAUCUUCAUGCUCUCAGCUCUCCUCUUCGAAGCUCUAUCCGUGCGCUUCGUCACCGCCGUGCUGGGCCUCAAUUGGCACCGUGAGACACCUCCUCUUCCUGACACUGGCCAGUGGUUACUCCUUGCAUUGAAUGAGAAACUUCCUCAAACCUUUGUUGAGAUUCUAAGAGCUCGUAUUAUUGGACUGCACCAUUUCCUAAUGCUGUUUAUGAUGCUGGCUUUCUCUGUACUAUUUGAAUCUGUUCAAGCUCCUGGCCUAGGGCUUGGUGCAAGAUACAUGUUCACCAUGGGAAUUGGCCGUCUUCUACGAGCCAUAACUUUUGUAUCCACCAUUCUUCCAUCAGCCAGACCUUGGUGUGCUGCUGCUCGGUUUAGAGUUCCUGCAUAUCCUCAUCACUGGGCUCAGAAGUAUUAUGUCCCUUAUGCUUCGGAUGCUGCUUCUAUUCGUCAGUUAAUACAACUGGAUAUAGCUUACGCUGAUACUGAACAAUACAGUGACUAUCAGCCAGAGUGGGGUUCAAUGAGCUUUCUGAUUGAUUUCCUACGACCCACCACUUCAGAAGGAUCUUCAUGGUACAAUCUGCUAAAGAAAGCUGGAGGCGGCUGCAAUGACCUCCUAUACAGCGGCCACAUGCUUGUUGCUGUACUGACAGCUAUGGCUUGGACGGAAGCUUAUGGAGGUUUUAGCUCAGCUCUUAUAUGGAUUCUUGUGCUGCACAGCGCACAAAGAGAGAUUCGAGAGCGUCACCAUUACAGCGUAGACUGUAUCGUGGCCAUAUACGUAGGCAUCCUUCUUUGGAAAAUGACAGGUUUUAUCUGGCCAGCCAAGGAUGCAUCCCGAGGCAGAAGGCUAAAUAAGCUUGAGAAAAUACAAAGUAGACUUAUCCAAGCUGCGAAGGACUCGGACAUGGACGAAGUGAGGGAGCUUCUCAAAGAGGUUGAGUUAGGCAAUCAAGAGAACCUGAACAACAAAAGCCUGAGCAGGGCCACUUUGGUGUUUGCUUGUGGAAUCAUUUUCUCUGCACUAACAGCUGUAAUUCUGGCCUUCACAUGGACAAGCGAUGGAUGAUGAUCUUUUCCAGACAUGAUACCAUACGGCAUUUCUCUACGUCUAUCAUUAUGUUGAAUUUUCCUCCUGUUUGUAUGAUUUCCCACUCGGCUACUACCUCUGAUUUAAGUGUAAUAGAUUGAACAUACAAUGUACCACUCCCAUCUGUAUCUUUUGUUCUGUGUAUUAUGGUUAAUGAAACACUUCCCCGGGAGACUAUAGACCUUCA